UAUUUGUCAGUUUUUACUGGUUUAUCUUCAAUCAUUCUACGCAAUUGACUAAUUACAUACUUCUGUCCAAGCGAAGCUUUACGUCAUUAGGUCUCCUCUGAGUCUGACGUGUUUAGUGAGUCCUUUAUCCCAUUGGUUGGAUCCGGCCCUUCGUCGCGUUCAGGCUGUUCGGGGAGGAAGUGAGAGAGCGCCUAUUCCUAUUGGCUUAGGUUUGCAAACUGUGGUUGUCUAUCAAGUCUUUCAAGAGAGUGUCACUCAGGAAGUACGGCACCGGAAAGGGUGGGUUUUGUAAAGAUGGCGGCGCCGGAGGUUCUAGAGUCAGACCUGCCAGGUGCCGUGACACUUUUGAAAAACCUCCAGGAGCAGGUGAUGGCUGUAACUGCACAAGUGCAAGCUCUGACAAAAAAAAUUCAAGCUGGAGCCUUUCCUACAGAGAAGGGUCUCAGCUUCUUGGAAGUGAAAGACCAGCUGCUACUCAUGUACCUGAUGGAUUUGAGCCACCUCAUCUUAGACAAAGCCUCAGGAGGGUCUCUGCAGGGACAUGCUGCAGUUUUGAGACUGGUGGAGAUUCGCACGGUUUUGGAAAAGAUUCGUCCCUUGGACCAAAAACUGAAGUAUCAAGUUGACAAACUGGUCAAGACUGCAGUGACAGGCAGCCUCAGUGAGAAUGACCCACUUCGCUUUAAGCCUCAUCCCAGCAAUAUGAUGAGCAAGUUGAGCUCAGAGGAUGAGGAAGAAGAUGAAGCAGAGGAAGGCCAGCCUGAGGCCUCAGGGAAGAAAUCUGUAAAAGGAGCAUCUAAGAAAUAUGUUCCUCCACGCUUGGUUCCAGUACAUUACGAUGAAACAGAAGCUGAGCGGGAGAAGAAGCGUCUAGAAAGAGCCAAGAAACGGGCACUGAGCAGCUCUGUCAUUCGGGAACUUAAGGAGCAGUACUCCGAUGCUCCAGAGGAAAUCCGUGAUGCUCGGCAUCCUCAUGUCACUCGCCAGAGUCAGGAGGAUCAACACAGGAUUAACUAUGAGGAGAGCAUGAUGGUGCGUCUGAGUGUCAGUAAGCGAGAGAAAGGGCGGCGGAAACUAGCAAGUGUCAUGAGCUCACAACUUCACUCCGUCACGCAUUUCAGUGACAUCAGUGCUUUGACAGGAGGAACCCCUCAUAUUGAUGAGGACCAGAAUCCUAUUAAGAAGCAGAAGAAGAUGCCUAAAAAGGGUCGGAAGAAAAAAGGUUUUCGGAGGCGGCGGUGAUUAUGGGUGUAUUUAUAUAUUUUUUGUCAUCCUGGGAUACUUCUAAUUUCACUGUAUGUAGGUUUUUGUUCUUGGAAUUCAUUGUUUCAACAUGUGGAAAAAUCUUUAUUAAUAAAAUUGAUUUUACUUA